UCGUAUUUGUGUGUUUAGAUGUAAUUUUUAAUAAAAAAUAAUUAUACUGACAAUAUAAUGUUCGACAAUGGCUUCGGUAAAAGUGGCUGUAAGGGUUCGCCCAUUCAAUCAAAGGGAAAAGGACAUGGGUGCCAAACUCAUUGUCCAGAUGGAUGCCAAGAAGACAAGGCUUCUUACAGUAAAAAAUAGCAAAGAGCAAAAUGACGGCGGGCGGGAGAAGUUCAAGGACUUCACGUUCGACCACUCGUACUGGUCUUACGAUGCCGACGACAAACACUAUGCGUCACAAGAGCAGGUGUUCUCGGACCUGGGGCUGGACGUGAUCGACAGCGCGUUCGAGGGGUACAAUGCGUGCGUGUUCGCCUACGGACAGACCGGCAGCGGGAAGACCUUCACCAUGAUGGGUUCCCCGGAGUGCCAAGGUCUGAUCCCGCGCAUCUGCCGUCAGCUGUUCUCCCGCGUGGCCGCCGGGAAAGAGUCGGGGGCUUCCUACCGCACCGAAGUCAGCUACUUGGAAAUAUACAACGAGCGGGUGAAAGACUUACUGGCAACUGAUGCUGGUCACUCGCUCAGGGUCAGAGAGCACCCGAAGCUAGGACCGUACGUCCAGGAUCUGUCCAAGCAUUUGGUCUCGGACUAUGACGAUAUACAGGAAUGCAUGCACCGCGGCAACCUACACCGGACGACGGCGUCGACGCAGAUGAACGACGUGUCGUCUCGCUCGCACGCCAUAUUCACCAUCACCUUCGUGCAGGCGAGCUACCUGCGCCACAACAACAUGCCCAGCGAGACCGUGUCCAAGGUGCACCUCGUGGACUUGGCCGGCAGGUCAGUAGAGAGAGCAGGCGACGUGUCGUCUCGCUCGCACGCCAUAUUCACCAUCACCUUCGUGCAGGCGAGCUACCUGCGCCACAACAACAUGCCCAGCGAGACCGUGUCCAAGGUGCACCUCGUGGACUUGGCCGGCAGCGAGCGAGCAGACGCGACCGGGGCGACAGGCCAGCGCUUAGUGGAAGGCGCGCACAUCAACAAGUCGCUCGUGACGCUCGGCUCCGUCAUCUCCGCGCUCGCCGAGGCCAGCCAGCAGCCGGCUGACAAUCGCACCCCGCGGAGUGCCAAGAAGAAUGUGUUCAUCCCGUACCGAGACUCGGUGCUCACGUGGCUGCUCAAAGACUCUCUCGGUGGGAACUCAAAGACGAUCAUGAUCGCCGCGAUAUCGCCAGCGGACUGCAACUACGGCGAGACGUUAUCGACGCUGCGCUACGCCAACCGCGCCAAGAACAUCAUCAACAAGCCCACCAUCAACGAGGACCCCAACGUCAAGCUCAUCCGCGAGUUACGCGAGGAGAUCGACAAGCUGCGCGCGCAGAUCUCACACAACACCACGCUAUCGACGCUGCGCUACGCCAACCGCGCCAAGAACAUCAUCAACAAGCCCACCAUCAACGAGGACCCCAACGUCAAGCUUAUCCGCGAGCUACGCGAGGAGAUCGACAAGCUGCGCGCGCAGAUCUCACACAACACCACGUUAUCGACGCUGCGCUACGCCAACCGCGCUAAGAACAUCAUCAACAAGCCCACCAUCAACGAGGACCCCAACGUCAAGCUCAUCCGCGAGCUACGCGAGGAGAUCGACAAGCUGCGCGCGCAGAUCUCGCACAACACCGAUCCCGUGGAAACUGAGCCUGGCGUGCUAGCGACCCUUCAACGCAAGGAAGCCCAAGAGAAGGUGCUCACUGAAAAAUGGACGGAGAAAUGGCGGGAGACGCAGCAGAUUCUGCAAGAACAGAAGGCAUUGGGUCUCAGGAAGAGUGGACUGGGCGUCGUUCUGGAUUCAGAUAUGCCGCAUCUAGUGGGCAUUGAUGAUAACCUGCUGUCUACCGGCGUCACGCUGUACCAUCUGAAGGAACAGAAGGCAUUGGGUCUCAGGAAGAGUGGACUUUGCGUCGUGCUGGAUUCAGAUAUGCCGCAUCUGGUGGGCAUUGAUGAUAACCUGCUGUCUACUGGCGUCACGCUGUACCAUCUGAAGGAGGGCGAGACGGUAAUAGGCACGGCAGACUACAAGCCAACCCCAGACAUCGUGCUCAGCGGCGCGGGCGUGCUGCCGCUACACGCGCGCGUGACGCUGGCGCACGGCACCGCCACGCUGCAGCCCGCGCCCGCCGCGCAGUGCUGGCUCAACACCGUGCUCAUCGACAAGCCCGCCAAGCUCAGCCAAGGUCGGAACAUAUUCUUUCCCCGCAGUAGCCCAAGACCCUAA